AUGGAGGAAUCGGUUAGUGUCGGUCAUCGUAUCCAACAGCUCGAGGAGCUUGUCCGUACCCUACUUGCGCAGCAACAAAGUACGCCCGAUGUCGAUCCUGAUGGUCUUAUUCGAGAGCUUUCGUCUCAAGCCAAGUCACCUCAAAGUGUCUCUACGGUCCCUCAAGCCCCACUCGAUGAGAACACUCUCGUGCCAGCUAUAGAUCGUGCAUCUAUAUCACGGGGGAAUGAAGUUGCUAACCCACCCGCACCUUCACCCUCAGAGCCCGGUAGCAUGCGUCUUAGUUCACAUGUUGUCAGUGCCAGCUACGUCGGGAGUGUCCACUGGGCCGCUGUCCUUGAUAGUAUCUCUGAGCUUAAAGACCACUACGAGGAGGAAGAGGAGUCCCGGAUGCUGGACACCAAUGAUCAUGUGCUUCUCCAAAGCCCGGGACCUAGACUGUUAUAUGAGCCGGUCCAUACCACGAAAGCUGAUCUUCUUGCUUCCAUCCCGCCGCGGCCCGUUGUUGAUCGUCUGGUCGCGAGAUACUUCAUUACACAAGGCGUUGUACCAAGCAUACUUCACAGCGGGCAUUUCCUUCAAGAGUAUGAUAAGUUUUGGCAGGAUCCUCCGGCCAUACCGUGUAUUUGGAUCGGCCUCCUCUUCAGCGUAAUGAGCGUCGCUACAUUAUUUCAACACUCCAUCGACGACCCAACAGAUCCUGAAAUUCACGAACGAGUGCGCUUAUUUCGAGAACAGACUCUCCACAGCCUUAUCCUAGGCCAGUACACCAAAGGCGGAGAAUACGUACUCGAAACUUUGAUCAAUUAUCUCAUCUAUCUUCGUCUUUCGAGCCAGAUGGCAUUGCUGUGCGUGCUUAAGUCGCAGCAGUAUGACACGGCUGAGCCGCGUAAUCUGUUAGACUCGGAUUUCGACGACAAUACCACCGAUCUACCUCCUUCGAGACCCGAAACUGAAGUCACGCCCGUGCUAUACAGCUUAGCUAAGGGGAGGAUAGACAACAUGAUGGGACUGGUCAGUGAUCUUGUUAAUGACACCAAGGAGCAUCCAUACACCGAGAUCAUGGAACUGGACCGAAAGCUACAAGAAGCUGAGGAGACGCAGGCAGACGGACUGCUAUACCCUGCAAGGUGGGCUAGGUGGAUGCUCCUGUCCUCCCGGCCACGUGCAGUCUUUUUGCUAGGCGUGAGCAUCCUGUGUUACUAUGUACAGCUGGUCAAAACACAGUCAGAUGUUUCGCUGGACGAGAGCACAGGGACAGAGAUUCACGGCCGGUUGCGUAAUGCAUAUCCACUUUGGCUGCAAUCGACCACAGUAUCUAGGGAAGCCAAGCGAGCCAUUGAUUAUCUGAGCCUCAGACUAGAGCUGCAGGAACAAGAGAUCGGUGAACCUCUUGCUGAUCCUAUGGCCGAUACGCCUCAGGAUACAAAUGUAUCUCUUGAUCAGUUUACUUGGGGCAUAUACGACGGUAAGCGGCCCAAAUAA